AUGACAGACACCUUGAGAAACUCAAUCGUUGGACUUUUUAUCAACACAAUUUCGGAUGGUCGAUUCCUUCCUUUCCCUGAACAACGGCUUGGAUGGCAAUUACCUGCUAAUCUUCAGCUCGCAAGGGCAGCUUCUUCACCCCCCGAUUCCAAAGUACACGAAACCAGUGAAUCGGUAUCCUUCCAGCCUACGUUGGCAAGAAAUGAUUUGGAAGAGACGAUAUCCAAUCGCACGUCUGCGAAUGCAUUUCAUUCGUCAAUUAACUCAUACCGCAAGUCGUUGUCAUCCAUUGAAAAGGCACAGGUCGACCUCAACAUGAAACCCGUUCAUGAGACAGUGUCAGAGACGAUUGUAAAUUGGUAUGACGAACAUGAUCAAGAAAAUCCACAAAAUUGGAGCUUGGGAAAACGCAUAUUCGUCCUUGGGCUGGUAUCUCUUCUUACAUUCGGAGUUUAUAUAGGUUCUGCAAUCUAUACACCCUCAAUACCCGGGAUCAUAGAAAAGUUCAACGUGUCAAAAACGAUCGCAACACUUGGUCUAUCGCUAUAUAUUAUUGGAUAUGGUGUUGGUCCUCUAAUAUUCAGUCCAUUGUCGGAAAUUCCUUCAAUUGGAAGGACUCCCGUGUAUAUGGCAACUCUCUUGAUCUUUGUACUCCUGCAGCUUCCCAUAAUAUAUGCCCCAAACAUCCAAACUCUACUCGCAAUGCGGUUCUUCACCGGAUUCUUUGGUUCACCGGCCCUUGCAACUGGCGGGGCUUCCAUUCAGGACAUGUUCCCAAUUAUCAAAUUACCUUACGCACUCAUCGUUUGGAGUGUUACUGCUUCAUGUGGACCUAUUCUCGGCCCUAUAAUCGGCGGAUUUGCAGCACAGAACAGAAACUGGACAUGGCCGCUCUGGGAGCUAUUCUAUAUUGGCGUGUUUGCUUUCAUUGUCCUCCUAUUCUGGUUGCCUGAGACCAACGCCGAGACCAUCCUCUUAAAGCGCGCCCAACGCCUACGAAAACUGACCGGAAACCCCAACCUGUUCAGCAAGAGCGAGAUCAAGCAAUCGAAACUAAAGCCUUCUGAAGUGUUGUUCGAAUCGCUCUUACGCCCGUUCCAGCUCAUGAUCGAGCCCGCUGUCCUUUACACCAAUGUUUACCUCGGAUUAACCUACGCUAUCUUCUACUUGUGGUUUGAAGCCUUCCCACUGGUCUACGGCGACAUCUAUCACUUCAAUCUCGGCCUCUCCGGUCUCCCGUUUACGGGUUUGUUGGUUACCUGUAUCCUUGCCAGUUCCGUCUAUGUGUGCUGGAACUACUACCAUGUUGAGCCCACAUUCAGGAAAACCGGAUAUAUUGUCCCAGAGUCACGCCUUGCAGUGGCUCUUGUUGCCUCUGGAUUUACUUACCUUUUUCAAAUAGGAUGGUCUUCCCGGCCGGAUGUGCACUGGAUUGUCCCAACCAUAGGAGCAGCUUUGUAUAUUCCAGGCUUGUUCCUGCUAUUCCAGAGCGUUCUCGUCUACCUGCCUUCGUCAUACCCAAUCUACGCAGCAUCUAUACUCGCUGGAAAUAGUCUCUUUCGAUCCACAGUAGCUGGUUGUUUCCAGCUCUUUGGGACCGCUCUUUACCGCAAGCUCACUAUUGGUGGCGGGUGCUCUCUGUUAGCUGGACUUUCAAUUGCAUUAAUUCCCGGAUUAUUCAUCUUCUACAAGUACGGUGGCAGACUUCGGGCUAGAUCGAAGUAUACCGUCAAUGUCUGA